CUGUAUGUACUUAAUAUCAGUUGAAUUCUUCGCUUAAGUUAUUAUAUUAUAUAUUUCUAAUAAUGCCAACUAGGGCAGAACGCCCUAAUUUAAUGCCUUUUCAGGAUACUCAAUACAGUUGGACGGAUGAUUUACCGGUUUGCAAACAAUCUGGAGUAGGAUUUUCGACUAAUCAAAUUUAUCGGGAGGAUGGAUAUAGACAAGAAGAGCACCCAUUUGAAGAUCGUAGUUUCCAUUGUCGCUAUGAUGACUCAACAUUCCUUUAUGGAGUAUUUGAUGGACACGAAGGAACUAAAGCAGCUAACUUUGCUAUGCAAAGAAUGGCUGCAGAGAUUUUGCUGGGUCAGUUGAGUGGAAAAUCAACUGAUGAAGAGAUCAAAGAAGUUCUACGGCAAGCAUUUAUUGCUGUAGAACGGGGAUAUCUAGAUUCCAUUGGCGAUCUUUUGGCUGAACGUGCCAGUUUGCAGUUUGAUAUACCCGAUGGUUUAAAUUCAUAUGAAACUUAUCAAAAAUUCCCUCACUUGGUCGAUAAGUUAAAUUCAUUAAAUUGCGAGCUAUCAGCAGGAACCAGUGCAGUUGUAGCUCUUGUAUAUGGUGGAAGAUUGUAUGUAGCGAAUGUUGGUGAUAGCAGAGCUUUAUUAUGUAAAACUGACAGUAAUCAAGUUCUAAGAGUUGUACAAUUAAGUGUCGAUCAUGAUUUACGGAAUGAAGAUGAAUUAUUACGACUAUCUCACUUAGGAUUAGAUAUCGAUUCGAUAAGACAAGGAUCUCAUCUUGGAAAUCAAGAAAAUACACGAUGCCUUGGAAAUUAUCUUGUUAAAGGAGGAUACAGAGAAUUUGAGGAAUUGGCAACUGCCACAGCAGAGCCUAUUAUUGCUGAGCCUGAAAUUCAUGGUGGGAUAGAGCUUGAUGAAUCGUGCAGAUUUUUACUACUCAUGUCUCAUGGUCUGUAUAAAUCGUUAGAAGAAGCAACCGGUACCGACCAAGUUAAUAAAGAAUUAGCACUUAUAGCUGUUGAACAGUUUCGCGUGCAGUCUACGUUGACUGGAGUUGCUCAAGCUGUUGUAGAUAAAAUAGUAAGGAUUCAUCACGAUGUCAAUAUGAGUAUUUCACAAAGUACAGUAACUACUGGUAAACGUGACGAUAUAACUCUGCUUGUACGAAAUUUUAAUUUUCCACUUCCCCAUGCUUUGAAAAGCCCAACCAAUCAGUCUGUUAGAUUUAAUCCAAUCGUUGAAACUGCUCCGAUAAGAACAAUGCCAGAAACAGAGGAUUAUUCAAGCACUGGAGUUACAGACGAAGUGUCGACAAGCGAUACUUCAACAUCAGAUAUAUAUUCUUCAGGAGAAAAGCCAACGGAUAGAAACGCAAGGAUUAAAUCUUAUGUUAAUUUCUCGGAAUAUUAUGAAAAUGUGGAAAAGAGACGUCAGGAAGGAACUCUACCCGAAGGCAUCAAUUUUUAGUUGUAGAAUCCUAGAAAAUACUAAGUAUUUGUUAAAUUUUGUAUUAUGUUUGUAUAUAUUUAUUUUGUAUAUAUGUCUUUCAAAUAAAACAUCAAAAAUUCAUGCAUGUAUAACCGUUUGCAUGUAAUGAAUAUAACAAAAGUUGCGGUAUAAGUUAAAUAACAAUUAUAAAACUUAA